AUGCCUAAAUCACGCUCAAAAAUUAAGAAAACCAUUCUGACACCUCAUGCAGCGAUUAUUGGCUUAGCUGACGAAAUUGACUUUUCGAUUUGUUGCUCAAAUCGAAACUGUCCGUCACAUUGGCAUGAUCGCUUGACAGAAAAACUAAAAAAUCUUCAACAAUCAAAAUCGAAAACAUCGCUUAGUCUUGUUGCGAAAAACAAAUCAAAAGUUAAUUAUAAACUAACAUAUCCAGACAUUUUAUCUCAACUAUUUCGAAUACAGCAAAGUGAUGAGACUGACAAUCAAGAGGUCUACUCGAUUCCGAUUGCAAAAUCGGCCAUACUGGAGAAGCACAAUGAUUUCAGCAAACAAGUUGAAACUAUGCUAAAUGAUUCAACGUAUAGUUUCAUGAAAAAUAAUCUCAAUUCACAAAUGCAAUAUCGUUUAAUACCAUUAGUCGCUGAUAUAUUCUCGGAUCAAAUGGAUCGGAUGGAAACGGCAACACCAUUGAAAAUUAACCUUUUACGUAUUAAUCACUUACAUUUAAAUUCAUACUUGCGGUUGAAAAUUAUCUCCGUACCAAUUUGGAAUCGUUCUGCCGUUCAUGUUAUUGUUCAAGAUGAAAACUGUCAUUGUCUUCAUCUAGCGAUCUAUAAUUGGUCACAUAUUAUCGAUACAAGACAAAUAAGAACUUUGAAAUACAUUCAAGAACGGUUGAGUCACUUAUUACCGAUGAAUUCCUGUGUCGUUCUUCUUGAUCCGUGGCUGAAAAAAUGUCAAGAUGGAGACGUAUCACUUCGUUGUGAAUCACCAAAUACUCAUUUGUUAUUAAUUGAUUUUGAAGAACGGUGUUCAACCAGUCAUCGUACGAAUGUCGAACAAUUAAGACAGAUCGGUAAUCUUUGCUAUCAAGUUGAUGAUAAUCUGAGUGCAAUUCGAUAUUAUACAUUUGGUUUGAAGCAACUUGAUGACGAACAAGAAAAAGAACUAGCAUCCAAAGGACAGUCGAUCGGACCAAAGACGGAUGAACGUGAACAACAUCGUAUUCGUCUUCUGUCUAAUCGAUGUGCUUGUUAUUUACGCGAACGUCAUGCAGCACUAGCAUUGGCCGACACUGGUAUUCUUCUUGCAUUCAAUGAAUUAACGCACAUUCUCGAACUACCGAAGGCAACAACAGGAAAAUUGUUAUUCCGUUGUUUGAGUGCUCAUCUUUAUCUUGGGCUAUUUGACAAAGUUGAAGGUUUAUUAAAAUCACACAAAUUCGGUGUUGGUCUGUCCGGUGGAGAAAACUUGACAACAAUGGCGAUACUAGAGAGAGAAUUAAUACGAUUGAGAGAUGAAAAUACGAAAGGACGCUAUGACUUACAAGGAAUGUUACACAAACAAAUGACUAAUAAGUCGCCAUUGAUGUUUAUUGAUCUACCAAAUCAUCAUGCUGAGUGUCAUCGCAACGAUUUAUUUGAAGUUCGAGCUUCAGAAGAAUUAACUAAAAAUGGAUACCCAAAUGGUUCGUAUGGUGUUUAUGCAUUGAAAAAUCUUGAUGUAGGAACACUGUUGGUCGUUGAACAGCCAUUUGCCAGCAUUGAUCAUCGAACUAUCGGUGAAGAAUACAGUCACAAAUUAAAUUAUUGGAAUGAAGACUCUACAACUGAAUAUUGCUGCAGCGAGACAUUACGUUUAUUGAAUGAAAUCGAAAAGCAAUUGUUGAUUGGUAAUGAUACAUCAACAACAUUUGAAAGGAUUAAAUCCAUGCAACCAAUUCGGCGAUGGUUAGCAGAGAAUGUUAAAGAUGAUGUGUCAAAACAGCAAGAAGAGAAUGAAACCUCAUCGAACUUGCCGGAAAAUUACGAACAGAUUUUAUCCGAGAAGAAACAAUGGAGAAAACCCUUUUCAAAACGAUUGCCACCGCCAUUGCCAUACAUUCCCUGGCGUGUUCUAUUCGAAACUCAACAACAAAAUCCAUACAAAUCUCAAUCAACUCUCGGAUGGUAUUCUCUAGGUUCAAUGUUUAAUCAUUCAUGUUUACCCAAUUGUUCAUGGUAUCUCAUCGGGGAUUAUCUGUUUAUAUAUGUUUGUUCAACUAACGUUCGUCAAGGCGAUGAAUUAACGAUCUCCUAUUGCCCAUUGUGGAUUUCAUCGGUCAAUGAACGUUCGACUUAUCUUGAACGAUUUAAUAUCCGAUCAUGUCAGUGUUCACUUUGCACCUACGAUCGAUUAGACGUAAUUGAGUAUGAAAACGACUUGAAGAAGUUUUCGAAUAUUCGUGCAUUAGCUCGGCAAAAGAAUCUUUCGAAUUUCAAUCGUUUUGUUUAUUUACAACAGUUGCAUGAACAUUACGAAUAUUUAACAAAUAAAUAUUCGGACCGAGCCAUUGGUUUUGUCAAUGAAUUCAUUGAUUUAGAAUCAAUAAACCAAUAUUUUCAAAUUGAUGCAGCCGAGAAUGAAAUCAAGGAAUAUCUCAAUCAUCGACAAGAUUCGUUUCUAGAUCGUUUCUCACAUGUUUGCCGAUUGACCUUACCGCAAAUAUCGAAUCCGAUUCUGCUAUUUGGAACUCAAAUACAGUUGCUCAUCCAUCAUCUCGAACAUUUCUAUUCAUCGGAUUAUAAACAAUGGAAUCGUCUGUUGGUGUAUCUUUAUGAAAUCUAUACAUUCAAAUGCCAUUCGGUUUCGAACGAUAUGCCAACAACUUUAAAGGAUUACAAGGAACUAUUCACUAAUCUUACGCAUACUCAAUCGUUCUUUUCACGUACAUUUCACAAAGGUUAA